GCAUUUCGAUAGCAAAAAUUUCUAUCGCAACACUUGAGGUGAAACUAUUUCUCCUUGAAUAAAAGCGGUUAGUUGGUCAGUUUGCGAGCCUAGUAACGCGAAACACUGGCCGAAGGUCGCUGAAUCAAAUCCAUCCAAAAUGUCGAAUUCCCAGCGAUGGAUUGCUCUGCUCCUUCUAUUCAGUUCACUAUUGGUGACACUAGUGGAAAGUGAAAAUUUGUGUCUGCAGAAGAGAUCAAAUUCGCCAUCGGAGAUGUUUGCCCACGACAGUGAUUGUCAAAAAUAUGUAACCUGUGUUGGUCGACUGGCUGUGGUGCAAAAAUGCCCGGAAGGCUCCUGGUGGGAUGAUAGUGAUAAAAGCUGUUCGACCUCUGUCGGGAAAAUGUGUGGUGGUUUGAAGAAACUUCAGCUUAAAUAUUUCUUAAGCAGAUCAGCUGACAGUGAACCGGAAGCCGAGAUAAGUUGCGUCGAAAAAACGCAGACGUGUCCCGGGAUAUUCGAUCCUGGGCACCUGACCUUGCGUCCGCACGAAGAAUGUCAAAAAUAUUAUAUCUGUGUUUCGUUCAUACCCUUGGUUAUGAAAUGUCCCAAAAAUCUACUAUUCAAUGCCGAGAUCUGUCAGUGUGAUUUCCCUGAAAAUGUACAAUGUGAUGGUGAUGUGACUACGACAACUGUACCGACGACUACUUCGGCUAUAACUCCGACUACAGCACCGCUAGCGACAGAAGCUCCUACGAAACCCACAGAAAGUUCUUCUAGUGAGGCACCGUCUACAACUCCAUCAACUAUUGAACCAGAAACAGAGGAGCCAACUACAGAACCUGCCACGCCAACACAAACGACAACUACCGAAGCACCCACCACAGAAGUUCCACCCAGUGAAGAGCCAUCAACGGCCUCCUCGACUGAUAAUCCCACUACAACGACCGCAGAACAUAUAACGGAUAACCCAACUACAGAAUCGUCGACACAAAUGCCAACAAGUGAAGCUCCUUCACCAACAAUUCAAUCGACUACUGAACCCAUUACGGAAGAUCCUACGACACAGCCGACGAGUCAAACACCGAUAGUUAUUCCAUCAACAGAACAGACAACAACAGAACCUCCACCAAUAACUACAGAUUCAUCUACAAUUCCUUCGUCCAAUCCACCCGAUACGGAAGUUCCAUCGACACAGCCGACAACAGAUAUUCCUACUACAAGUGAUGUUCCGACGACAGUCUCAACUACUGCUCAGCCUACCACCGAAACACCUUCGAUCGAAACCACGACGAGUGAAGCUUCUACAACAGUAAUAACAACUAGUGAAGAACCUACAACCACUCCUUCGACUGAUGCGCCAACUACGGAUAAUCCUACUACAACGACAGCAGCACCAACAAGUGAAGUACCAUCUACUACUUCUUCGACCAAUCCACCCGAUACGGAAGUUCCAUCAACACAGCCGACAACUGAAGCGUCGACAACUGUCCCGCCAACUGUUCCGCCAACUGAUAUUCCUUCAACAAUAGAACCGUCAACAGAAAUCACAACAGUGCAAUCGACAACUGAAACCGUUACGGAAGUUCCUACGACACAGCCAGCAACUACGUUAGAAACUACCAUAGCUCCUACAACUGACGCUUCGACAACUGAACCUUCAACAAGCCAAACUUCUCCCACAGAUACUACGACUAGUAAGGCAACUACAACAGAAACACCAACCACUGAACCACCAUCAACGAUUGCUUUAACUGAGGCACCCGUUACAGAUGGUACUACUACAAAGAAUCCCUCUACAGAGACAGAAUCGUCGACAAGUGAAGAACCAUCCACAAUUCCUUCGUCCAAUUCACCCGAUACGGAUGUGCCAUCGACACAGCCGACAACUGAAGCGCCGACAACUGUUCCGCCAACUGAUAUUCCUUCAACUACAACGACCGCUGAACCUACGACGGAUAUUACAACAGUGCAAUCGACAACUGAACCCGUUACGGAAGUUUCUUCGACACAGCCAGCAACCACUUUAGAAACUACCACAGCUGCUACAACUGACACUCCGACAACUGAACCUACAACAAGCCAAACUUUGCCCACAGAUACUACGACUAGUAAGGCAACUACAACAGAAACACCAACCACUGAAUCACCAUCAACGAUUGCUUCAACUGAAGCACCCGUUACAGAUGAUACUACUACAAAGGAUCCCUCUACAGUGACAGAACAGACGACAAGUGAAGAACCAUCCACAAUUCCCUCGUCCAAUCCACCCGAUACGGAAGUUCCAUCAACACAGCCGACCACAGAAGCACCGACAACUAUCCCAACAACAGAUAUUCCUACUACAAGUGAUGUUCCGACGACAGUCCCAACUACUGACCAGCCCACCACCGAAACACCUUCGAUCGAAACCACGACGAGUGAAGCUUCUACAACAGUAAUACCAACUAGUGAAGAACCUACAACCACUCCUUCGACUGAUGCGCCCACAACGGAUAAUCCUACUACAACGACAGCAGCACCAACAAGUGAAGUACCAUCUACUACUCCUUCGACCAAUCCACCCGAUACGGAAGUUCCAUCGACACAGCCGACAACUGUUCCGCCAACUGAUAUUCCUACAACUACAACGACCGCUGAACCUACAACGAUUUCAACAAUAGAACCGUCAACAGAAAUAACUACAGUGCCAUCGACAACCGAACUAGCUACGGAAGUUCCUUCGACACAGCCAGCAACUACGUUAGAAACUACCAUAGCUUCUACAAGUGACACUCCGACAACCACACCUACAUCAGAAACACCCACCACUGAACCACCAUCAACGAUUGCUUCAACUGAGGCACCUGUUACAGAUGAUACUACUACAACGAAUCCCUCUACAGUGACGGAAUCGUCGACAACAGCUCCCUCGACUGAUGCACCCAUAACGGAUGAUCCCGUAGCCCCUACGCAGACGCCAACAACGACCACAUCAUCAACUUCAACAACGUCUUCAUCAACUUCAACUUCAACAACUACAACAACUUCAACAGCAAAACCAACGACAACAACGUCAACGACAACGGUGCCUACUACCACGACAACGCUGUCUCCGGAGCAGAAAGAAGUGGUACAGAAAACGGAAGAACUGGUCAAAUCGCUUAGUGAACUUUUCGAGGACUUCUUCAAUCGGUUCAAACCAACCGGGCGGAUGAUUAGUCGGUGAGGGUAAAAUUGUUGAAAAAACACCCUUUCAUAAAAAAUAUUGUUUAUUAUAAUUACUGUGAUCACAAGUGUAUUGUUAAAGUAACAAAUAAAAAAAAA